AUGCUUCAAGAGGUCGUCAUCGUCCUGUGGCCCGACACCAUCUGGUUCACCAACGCAGAUGGCACGAAGGCCCUCGGCGUGCCCGGACUCCUUCGCGCACUGGCCAACGUGCCGUACGACACCGAUCGUCUCAUCAUCGUCGGCCUGGAGGACGUGAGCGAUCCCGGAGACAACACCGAACUCCCCUGGGCAGCUCGCAAGCAAACUAUCCUCGAUGAGGUGGAGGCGAACAAGCAGCUCCGGUGCCCAAACUUCCAAAUCCACGCCCUCACCCGCCAGGAGUGUUGGGCGAGCCUUGGACCUGGCGACAAGACCAUCAUUGGCACCUGGUACGCUGAGAGUCGCCCCUGGAAUCAGCCUCGCGUCGAGCACUGA